GUAAUAAACUUACUACAGGCGCUACCAAGGUGCCAUCGCAAACUAAAGCCAAAUCAACGAGUGCCGCACAACAACUUAUAGACGAGCAAGCCGCCCAGGCCACCUCAGCACUCUCAGAUGAUGCCUUAGAAGCCGAGCUGCGCGCUGCGCAGGAGACUGCGAUGAAAAUUGCUUCCGGCGUGGACUUGCUCGACCAGGAGCUCAAACUGGAGGCGCAGCUAGCAGCUCUGGACGACGAGGGGAUUGAUGACGACGCCGGGGGAGCUGGUGGGACCGAGGGGGAGGAGGCAGGCGACGACGCGGACGGCGACCUCGAGGGUCUGGACGAGGAGGAACUGGCCCAGCUGCAGGAUGAGCUGCGGGAGCUGGAGCGCCAGGUGCUGGGCGACGAGGUGGAGGCCGCGGACGACGAGGAGCCGGCGGUGGCGCAGGCGGCGGCCGGGGGCGGGCAGGCGGAGCAGGAGGACGGCGACGACGCGGAGCCGGCAGUAGCAGCAGUAGCAGUAGCGGCAGUAGCCACGCCGCAGGCCGCGCCGCAGCUGGCUGUAGCAGCAGUGGAAGACAUGGCGGCGGGCGUGGCUGCGCUGGGCAUCGCAGCCGUGCCAGCGCCGCAGGCGCCGGCAGCUGUGGCCGUAGCCAAGGCGGCGCCGGCAGCAGCUGUUGGGCCGGCGGCUUGUGGGCUGGAUGCGAUGCUGGAGCCAGAGCCGCUAGAAGUGUGCGAUGAUGAUGACGGGCCACCAGCGGGGCUGCUGAUGGGCUGAUGAGCUGGGAGCUUGGGGGCGGGGCUUGUAGGCAUUUUAGCUGGCGCAGAGUGCUUGUACAGGUCGAUUGGUGGGACAUAAUGACACAUGUGUUUGCCCUGUGCAUGUGCGAAAUCUGUGUAGCAUGCCAUGUUUGUGGACAGGGUGGUUGCGCAGAUGUCGAUGGUGCAAUGCAUUGUAUGUGCCCUAGAAGCAGUAGAUUGCAGGAAUAUGGUUGAGACAACGCUAGGAGGAGUGACACGUUUCGGGGUGUGUUGGGUGCUGUAGAAGCAUUGACAUACUUUUGCGCUGCACGUCGUGAUGGACUUGCGUAAUGGCUAGUAUGGCAUUUGAGCAUAUUGAGGGGCUGCAGUUGCACGGGACUGACAGGGUCAGAUCAUUUCAAGGUCGUCAUGGGGUUUUGCAGCAGGAUGAGGCCGCGUGCACAGGCCGUGACCUUCACGGCCUGCGACCCCGUGUGUAGUUCCCACGGGGU